AAAGCUUAGAUCCUGGAGCCCUGCUGUGAAAGUGAAAGUAAACUGGUGAUUGUGCGUCUUUCUCUGGGUGUGCCUGCAGUCUGUCUGAGCAUCAGAUUUAACGGGACUUUGACUGCAGGGGGAAGAUGCAGUUGAUGCCGCUGCUCCUCUUACUCGCUUCCCAGCAUGCCUCAGCAGUGGAGGUGUAUGAGGGGGUGGAGUCUGUGCGUCUGCCCUGUCACGUACCAGCUGAUGUUGCCCUGGAGUCCACAGCAGCAGUGUGGGACCGAGAGGACCUUAACAUCAAAAUAGUUCACGUGCGUCUGCGGAGCAGUGAUGAUUUUAAAGAACAAAGUAUUCGUUACACCAACCGAACAUCAAUGAGAGCCGACGCUCUGCAGACUGGAGACCUCAGCCUCACUCUGAGGAACCCUACAGUCUCUGACAGUGGAACCUACAAAUGCACUGUCCGAAAAUAUGGACGAGAUCAGAGCAAGACUUAUGUAGACCUCAAGAUCACAGUACGUCCUCCUCCAGUCUGGCCCAUAGUUCUCUUUGCUCUUCUGGUUCCUGUGGUUCUCCUGGCUGCUGCCUUUGGUGUCUUCAUGUAUCCCAGAUAUAAAAUGUUGAAGAUGAGAAAAGAUUACCCUUUGGAGAUGGUGGAGGUGGAACAGGAGGAGAAGUCUGUCCUGUUGCCCUUUAACAUCGAUGAAGAAGAUGAUAUUUCUCAGGAUGUCAAAGUGGAGUGGAAACACCAAAACAUGACGGUCCAUGUGUAUCAGAACAAUGAACACCAGCAUCACUUACAGGACCAGGAUUACAGAGACCGCACAGAGAUGAAUGAAGAUCCUCUGACAAGUAAAGACUUCAGUCUGACCCUGAAAGACCCCCAACUUAGUGACCAUGGUGGCUAUACCUGCACCGUCUACAACAAGGAGGGAUACAUCCUGCUACAGAAAGUAGUGUUACUAAAUAUCACAGUUCUGCAGGUGGAGAUGGUGGAGGUGACCCAGGGGGAAAAGUCUGUCGUUCUGCCCUUCAGAAUCAAAGACAACCUGCCUGUGGAUGUAACUCUGCUGUGGAGACAUGAAAAUGUGACGGUCCACACGUAUCAGAGAGGCCAGAGUCAGUCUCACAUACAAGGGCACAUUGAGAUGAAUGAAGAGCAAAUAAAAAAUAAAGACCUCAGUCUGACCCUGAAAGACCUCCACCUCACUGACAGUGGAGUCUACACCUGCACCGUCUACAACAAGGAUGGACACAUGCUGCUACAGAAAUCAGUGACUCUCAGUGUCAGAGAGUACCAGCUGGAGAUGGUGGAGGUGACACAGGGGAAGGAGUUUGUCCUGCUGCCCUUUAAAAUCAAAGAAGGCUUCACCCAGGAUGUCAAAGUGGAGUGGAAACACAAAAACAAGAUGGUCCAUGAGUAUCAGAUUGGUAAAGACCAGUGUCACUUAAAGGGCCAAGAUCAGAAACAGCGCACUGAGAUGAAGAAAGACCCACUGAACACUAAAGACCUCAGUCUGACCCUGAAAGACCUCCACCUCACUGACAGUGGAGUCUACACCUGCACCGUCUACAACAAGGAUGGACACAUGCUGCUACGGAAAUCAGUGACUCUCAGUGUCAGAGUUCCUGAGGUUCAGAUGGUGGAAACAGUUAAAGGGGUUCAGUCUGUCCUGCUGCCAUUUACAACUGAUAUCAAGCUUCAGGACGUCACAGCGGAGUGGAAACAUGAAGACAGGAAAGUUCCACAAGGACGAGCAGAGAUGAAGAAAGACCCACUGAGAACUGGAGACCUCAGUCUGACCCUGAAAGACCUCCACCUCACUGACAGUGGAGUCUACACCUGCACCAUCUACAACAAGGAUGGAGACAUGCUGCUACAGAAAUCAGUGACUCUCAGUGUCAGAGUUCCUGAGGUUCAGAUGGUGGAAACAGUUAAAGGGGUUCAGUCUGUCCUGCUGCCAUUUACAACUGAUAUCAAGCUUCAGGACGUCACAGUGGAGUGGAAACAUGAAGACAAGAAAGUUCCACAAGGACGAGCAGAGAUGAAGAAAGACCCACUGACAACUGGAGACCUCAGUCUGACCCUGAAAGACCUCCACCUCACUGACAGUGGAGUCUACACCUGCACCGUCUACAACAAGGAUGGACACAUGCUGCUACAGAAAUCAGUGACUCUCAGUGUCAGAGUUCUGCAGGUGGAGAUGGUGGAGGUGACCCAGGGGGAAAAGUCUGUCCUUCUGCCCUUCAGAAUCAAAGACGACCUGCCUGUGGAUGUAACUCUGCUGUGGAGACAUGAGAAUGUGACGGUCCACACGUAUCAGAGAGACCAGAGUCAGUCUCACAUACAAGGUCACACUGAGAUGAAGAAAGACCCACUGACAACUAAAGACCUCAGUCUGACCCUGAAAGACCUCCACCUCACUGACAGUGGAGUCUACACCUGCACCGUCUACAACAAGGAUGGACACAUGCUGCUACAGAAAGCAGUGACUCUCAGUGUCAGAGGUGAGAGUAACAUCUGUUUGCAGAAAGUGUUUAGUGUGUCCACUGACACUGUGAAUCCUCACAGAAAAGCAGUUCAGCUCCAAGUUAAAUAUUUUAUCCAAUUAGAUAAUGUUAUGUUAAUGAAUACGAUCCAAUCAAACAGCCUGUGA